GGUAAUUACUACUUUGGAGACUACAUUCUUUCUUUCUUUCUCUCUUUGAACACACGAAGAUUCAUAUCGGUCCAGUAUGCUGUGUAAAUAGCUUCAUCAACAAUCAAGUGCCGCCGGCACGUCCCUUUGCUUUCCUUUGUCCGGCAAGCUCACACGAUGUCGUUCAUUUCUUGGGCGUUAGAAGCCGCUAGAUUUGGAAGGCGGCCAUCUGAACAGGAACCACUACUUCAGCAUGCAUCUGUACCUGAUGCUCUCGAACAAGCACAGGAACCUCCACUGGGGAAAGCUGGAGCAACAAAAGAUGGCGAGGGUUUUGCACUGAAGCUCCCGGCGGUCAUGUACUCAUGGUUUGCUGUUGGUAUAAAUACGGCCUCCAUUGGGGCACUUCUCCCGCUGAUCGAAGCUCAUUACAACAUCAGAGAUGCAACAGCAGCUUUGAUAUUUGUCAUCGCGGUGUCAGGCUACCUCUUCGCAACUACCCUUGUUCACGUCGUGCACGUGCAUCUUGGCCGAAGAGGAGCUUCGACAUUUACCUUUAUUGCGCACCUUAUCGCUGCAGUGUUGCUUUCGAUGAGCCCGUCGUACGCAAUUACUCUCAUGGCCUAUUUCUUAGCAGGCAUGGGAGCCGGAUUUUGUGAUUCCAGCUUCUGCACCUGGGCGGCAAAUGUGACGAACCCGGACAAGAUCUCGGGACUCAUCCAUGGAUCCUAUUCCAUGGGGUGUGUGGUCGGCCCGAUGAUUGUCGCCGCUCUCGCGAGCGCCGGGUUCUUGUGGCAGACAUUUUAUUUAGUCAUGAUAAUUGCCUUCGGCAUCGAGGCCAUUACCUUACUGGCGGCCUUCCGUCAUGACGAUGGCCUGGCAUAUCGAUCUCACACAGACCAAAAAGACCCUGGCGAAGUCGGUCUUGCUGGCAAUGGGAAAGCUAUCAUGCUGUGCAGCCUAUACUGCUUCCUUUACGUAGGCGUUGAAACAUCAAUGGGUGGUUGGCUGGCAACAUACUGUGCCCGGGAUUUGCAUGCCACCCCUUCCGUUGCCGCCCUUGCAACCUCAUUGUUCUGGACUGGUAUGGUCCUCGGUCGCUUCAUGCUUGGACCUCUUGCAAGACUGGUGGGCCUCCGCGGUCUGGUGUUGAUUUUCGGUUGCAUAUCAAUUGGACUGCAGCUGUUGCUCCGAUCGCAGGAGAGCUUGCCGCCUACGUUGUGUCUGGCAACCGCCAUCGGCUUCGUCUUGGGUCCUCAUUUCCCGUCUGGAAUGCUUAUGUUAACAAGGAGGCUGCCCAAAAGCAUUCACGUUCCAGCCGUCGCCAUCACUUGUUCGGUCGGCCAGAUCGGUGGUGCUGGUGCACCUUUCAUCAUCGGACUGGUUGCACAGACUUCGGGAAUUCAGCGCAUGUUCGAUGUUGUUCUGGGGCUCUCAUUCGCCUAUCUACUGGUCUGGCUUUGGUUCUCCUCGCCUCAGGAUACUUCAAAGGAGGCUAGUGAAGCUCAUUAGGUUCACUUCAUGCAUUGUGUUCACCAAUCAAUGCCACUCAACAGCUGCACGAAGUCGGCAUAGUGCCGAGGAGGAUCGUAGAUUUGCUUCUCGCUUGUUCCAAGAUUUCCUUGUGCCACCCACCCGUUGACGAUCAUUUUGCGUCAUUCGCAUGUGCAGCUUGCCUAAAAACCCGCGCCUCAGGUACCCCGGAAGAUGCAUCCGCGCCGCCACAACACCAUAUUUAUGUCUACCCAGACUCCUGGAACAUACCACGAAUCCAUUCGUGUCACUUGUCAUUGUCAUUGAAGAGUAC